AUGGAGAGUCAGUUAAAGGUCCAAUUUGCAUGGCAGGCGAUUGAUUACUACUACGAAGUAGGAAAGGAGACAUAUAACCAAAUACGGAAAGACAAUUUGAAAUGGACGAAGGUAGAUAUGAAGGCGGACAUGAUUAUUCAACAAGGCCUUACUCCCACUAUUGCCCUGGAGAUCAAGGACCUGCCAAAUGUUGGCGCGAAAUGGGACUACCUGAAAGAGGCGUACCCGAAAUCAUCAAAUGCGAUGAAGCCCAUGCAGUUGAUGAAGAUGGCCAAUUGGUAUUAA